CCAUUCUCAACCACCUCAAUAUUGGAAUAUGCUUUUUUGCCAAUCUAUUUACUUGUUACAAUAUUUUCCCAAUCUAUCCUAAGUUGAUAUUCACAAAUUCCUCUCUCAUGGGAAAUUGUAUCCCUUCUCUAGACAAAGAAAGCAAAUCUUUGCCCAUUGAUACAAUUUUCAAGCUUCCAUCUCCAUUGCCCAAUUGGCCAUCAGGUUCAGGGGAUUUUGGAAGUGGAUAUGUUGAUUUAGGAGGGCUAGAAAUUUGCCAAAUUGUGACAUUUAACGAAGUUUGGGCUAUUGAUAAAGGAGGGCCAGACAAUCUUGGAGCAACAUUUUAUGAGCCUUCACCAAUUCCAGAUGGAUUUUCUAUGUUUGGAUGUUAUUGCCAACCAAACAAUCACCCACUUUUUGGUUGGGUACUUGUAGGGAAAGACAAUGUUGGUGAAAUCCUAAAGAAUCCAAUUGAUUACGCACUUAUUUGGAGUAGUGAGUCCUCAAAAUUCAAGAAUAAAAAUAGCACUGAUCAUGGCUAUAUUUGGCUGCCCAUUCCACCUGAGGGCUACAAAGCUUUAGGCCAUGUUGUCACAACCUCACCUGAAAAACCUACCUUUGACAAAAUCCAAUGUGUUCGAUCCGAUCUCACCGAUGAAUUAGAGGUUGAGAGUUGGAUUUGGGGUCAAGGUACAACUAGUAAAGCGAAUGGUAUCAAUGUUCAUAGCGUAAGACCUCGAGAAAGAGGCAUAAAAGCACAAGGGGUGAGUGUAGGUACAUUCUUAGCCAGGAUCACAAGUGAUAAAGAUGAUGAUUCUAACAACACACUAUCCCUUGCUUGUUUAAAGAAUAACAAAUUUGGUACCUUUUCUUCUAUGCCUAGCCUUAGCCAAAUUCAAGCAUUAUUUGAGCAAUAUUCUCCACUUAUAUACUUUCAUCCCAAAGAAAAGUAUCUUCCUUCUUCUGUCAAUUGGUAUUUUGCUAAUGGUGCUUUGCUAUACCAAAAAGGCCAAGAAUCAAAUCCUAGUCCCAUUGAACCAAAUGGCUCAAAUCUUCCACAAGGUGGUCCAAAUGACGGUGCAUAUUGGUUAGACUUGCCAAUUAAUGACAAGGACAGAGAGAAAGCUAUGAAAGGAGAUUUGCUAAACUCUGAGGUCUAUCUCCACAUUAAGCCAAUGUUAGGGGCAACAUUCACUGACAUAGCUGUGUGGAUUUUCUAUCCAUUCAAUGGACCUGGCACAGCUAAACUUGGCCUAAUUGAUGUGCCCUUAGGGAAAAUAGGCGAACACGUUGGUGAUUGGGAACAUGUAACACUUCGAAUCAGCAAUUUCAAUGGGAUGUUACACAAAGUUUACUUCUCAGAACAUAGUGGAGGGACAUGGCUUGAUGCACCACAAGUUGAAUUUCAAGAGCCCAGUAACAAAGUUGUGGCCUAUUCUUCACUAAAUGGACAUGCCAGUUUCCCAAAACCAGGGCUAGUUUUACAAGGGGCUGGAGAUAUUGGGAUAAGGAAUGAUACAGCUAAGAGUAACAUGGUUUUAGACAGUGGGGAGAGUUAUUCAAUAGUUGCUGCUGAAAAUCUUGAAAUAAUUGAACCACCAUGGCUAAAUUAUACUAGAGAAUGGGGACCAAAAAUAAGUUAUACACUUGGGGAUGAAGUCAAGAAAAUUGAGAGCUUGUUGAAAGGGAACUUGAAAGGUGCAUUUGAGAAAUUGGUGAAAGUAUUGCCGAAUGAAGUUUAUGGAGAAGAAGGGCCUACUGGUCCCAAGAUGAAAGGUAACUGGAAUGGGGAUGAAGUGUGAA